AUGUUUAACCUACCAACAUCGUCUACAUAUCCAUCAGCCAAAGAAAAAACUAUUCAAAACAGAUUUCUUCCUAAUAAACCAGCAGUAAGAAAAUGCGCAUUUGAUAUUGAUUCACUUUUAAAACCAACUAAUAAUUCAAGCUAUAUCGAUGAUACUGAAGAUGGUUCAAGCGACGAUGGUCAUGUACAAAUUGAAUCCUCUUCGUCAUUCUGUAAUUCACCUAUUGCGUCCUAUGCACUUGUAAAUCAAUUAAAAACAAAUGAAAAUCUAGCAUUAUCAUCCUCAUUUGAUUCCGAACAUUCGCUAGUUGAAAGUUCAAAUUCUAAAAUAAAAUCUAAACGUAUUCGAACAAUAUUUACAACGGAACAACUUGAACGACUUGAAGUUGAAUUUCAAAAACAACAAUAUAUGGUUGGUAGCGAACGAUUAUAUUUAGCAAAUACACUUCGUUUAAGUGAAGCACAAGUUAAAAUUUGGUUUCAAAAUCGUCGAAUUAAAUGGCGUCGUCAAGUACUUGAUAAUCACCCGCAACAAUAA